AUGGCUUCACGGGCUUACCCAUCCCUCUCUAUCGAGUUUUUCUCGACCGCUCGUCUUAAGGGCAAAGAAUACAAGAUCACUGACAAGUUGCUCAGCGACAUCUUCAAAAUCGAGAUUAAGGACCCAUGCGGCAGUCCGGCGGGGUUUAAGGCGGGCCCACACUGGCCACUUUUGACACCGGGGAUACCAUUUAAGGCGACCGGGGCAUCUCCCAGCUUCCUUUCCGAUGUGGCGCUCGGCGUUAUCCACAAGUACAUUAGCCAUACUAUUUUCGGCAAGAAGGAAUCGAACAAGGUCAGCGAGCAGCAUGUGUUCAUUUUGUGGUCAAUCUCCCAAGGGCAAUCGGUGUGCAUGCUCCAAUACCUCAAGCGCACCCUCUUCAACAUUAGGACCGAUGAACCGCGUGGAGCUAACUUGGGCCAUGUAGUGGGAGAGAUUGCGGCGCAUUUCAACGUCCAAAUUGACGAACCAUGUAUGCCGUCCGAGUGGAUUGGGCGACUGGAACUAUACCAUGCCGAGUUCAUCAUUCAGGACCGCGUUAUCCCCGUCCACCAGCGGCCUUGUUACAUCGCUUACAAGAAGGCGCUUGAGACCGCGGCCGCGGCCGCCGCCGGCCCGUCCCAUACGACAGCAGGGACGAUGAGUGCCCCAUCUCAGGAGCCAUUUCACAUCACCUCCGACGAGGGCCCAGCCGCCGAUGACGAGCCUCGCCAGGAGUCCUUUCAGAUUCUGCCUCCGGUACCGAGCCAUUACGAUUCUUAUUCCGACGGGGCUCCUGUCUGGUUUUCCGAGUAUGAAGCUUGGAAUGAUUCCCGCUGGACGGCUUUCACUGAGCAGAACGGUGCACGUUGGACUUCGUUCAUAGAGACCAACGACGCGCGUUGUACGUCGUUCGUUGAAACCAACGACGCGCGUUGGACAGAGCAGAAUCGACAGUGGAACAACUUUGUUCAGGACAACACGGAGCAUUGGAACGCCCAUGACAGCCGUUGGGAUACAUGGGCGGAACAGCAGUACCAGCGAGCAACGCGGAGACGAGACUGGCCGGCGGCGGACAGAAUGCGGUGGACGGAGUGUGGCGGACAGCAGGCGGUGGAUGGCAGGUGGCGGCGGGUUGGUGGUGUCUGCUGUCUGCCUCGGUGUAUUUGGCUGGGUUUUGAGGAUGUGUAG